CUCGGUAUUAUGAAAGGAAAAAAAAGCGGGAACAUAUUUUAUAUGUUUUCAUUCACAUAAACCGACUGAAAUGGCAAAUAAGGACGAACUAAGUCAGGGAGCUAAGCAAAGAUUGGUGGAGAAUGCUGCCAGGGCCAAAAACCCAUUGGAAACUCUCAAUUACCAAAGCUUCAAGGCUUCCAGCGGAGAAGAAUUUAAACUAAUAUGCAAAACAAAAUCGGAUGCGGAUUCCAAGUUGCUUAAAUGGGCCUUUAAAUUGGCAGAGACCAACGUGGGACCCUACUAUAAAGAACUCAAGAUGGGAUGGCAGCCAAAGAUUAAAAACGCCGAUUUGAAUAAGAACUGGGCGCGAUAUUUGGUGGCUCAAAACGAUAAGAAAGAGAACGUGGCCUAUACAAUGUUUCGCUUUGACAUGGAUCAUGGGGAUUGUGUUUUAUACUGCUACGAAAUGCAAGUGGCGGCGGAGUACCGAAGAAAAGGACUCGGAAAAUUUAUUAUGGGCAUUCUGGAACAUUGUGCUCGUCAUUGGCAUUUAGAAAAGAUUAUGUUAACUGUCCUGAACAACAACGAACCGUCCAUUUCCUUCUUCAAACAACUGGGAUACGUAAAGGAUGAGAUCUCCCCAGAUGUCCUGGAAGAAGCAGACUAUCAAAUCCUGAGCAAAUCGAUGUUGGGCUAAGUGUUUAUUGGAUUCCAGAUAUUAUAGAUAAUAGAAAAUA